AUGUCUCGCCGUCGUGCCUCACACAGCGAAUCAUUGGGCUUAUCAUCCGCUAUGAACGAGUCUCUCGCCUAUCCCUUCUCCGGGAUGCAGCAAAACAGCAAUGCUCCACUGCGACGCGGCCCGAUCGAAGGGCCCAACGGACGGAGGCUGAUUCGUAGGGUCACUUGGCGAUCCUCCACGUACAAACUGAUGGCCUGCCUGUGGGUGUUGGGCGUCUUCUAUAUCGUUUGGCUCAUCCGAGACUUACUUAUCCGGACCCGUCUCGCACAUAGUUUGCUGGCCUCCUACGUGGGCCGCCAGGAGUGCGGCAUCUCGUCCCUGUCCCUCUACAACCCGCCGCAGUCCGCGGAUGAGUCUUACUGCGAGUCUCGCGAGGCCUUGCUUGACGCCAUGAGCAGUGGUGGCCGGCAUGGCUUCGACGCGGCGUAUACCUCGCAAGGCUGCUCCUACCGUUGGUUCACCAGCGCUGAGGUGUGCGACAUUCUGCGGAAAUUCGAUGGAAUCGUCUUCAUUGGUGAUGACACCCUGGCCGAUGCCUACGCCGGAUUCAACAUUCUGCUGCGCGAGGACCUGGCGACCGGAUCCCUGAAAGAGUGGGAGAUAAAAAAGGACCAGGGCCAAUAUUGCCGUUGUGACUCUCAGUUCACCAGUCCUGCAUGUCUCCCCUUACGCAUCGUUUCGAGCGAUCAGCUCUCAGCCGCGAACGGUGGCAAACCCGCUCACCGGCCCUAUACCUGUCCAUCCCGUGUUCCCCAUGCGUUCCUCCCAAUAGCCGGCUCCCCUGCCCCUAAGAGCGCCUACGAGAGGUUUCGCCGUAUAGUGACGCGAGCCGCUGGCCGGAACAAGCCCGUCCCCGUCAUCUUGAGUGUCUCCCUCUCCACGUCGUACUCCUUGUCCACGGCCAAAAGUAGCAUGGACGAGUGGCUCACGCUGGUUCAGUCCAGUGGACGAAACGCCCCCUUUCUCUGGGUGGGCCCCACAGCCCCUGGACUCCAGCAGGACUCGGGAGACAACAUCCACGCCACCAGCUGGCAGUAUUCCCAAGAUUCCAUCCAAGAAGCGCACACGAGGGGCAUGGAGGCGCUGGGGAUGUACAAUGCAACCCUGCAGGCUGAUAGUUGGGACGGCAAGCGCUACGGGGAAAAGGUGGCCUUGAUGGAGGCGAUGAUGAUUCUCAACUGGUUGUCUACCCUCUAG